AUGACAAACAUGAGCCUCGUGACAAGGUUCAUCCUCAUGGGCCUUCCCCAUGCACCAGCGCUGGAUAUCCCUCUCUUUGGGAUCUUCUUGGCCAUUUAUAUGUUCACUGUGAUGGGGAACUUUCUCAUCCUGCUGGUGAUCACACUGGAUUCCCACCUCCACACCCCCAUGUACUACUUCCUGACCAACCUAUCUUUCAUUGACAUGUGGUUCUCCACGGUUACUGUGCCCAAAAUGCUGAUGACCUUGGUGUCCCCAGGAGGCAAGGCUAUCUCUUUCCCCAGUUGUGUGGCCCAGCUCUACUCUUUCCACUUCCUGGGGAGCACCGAGUGUUUCCUCUACACAGUCAUGUCCUAUGACCGCUACCUGGCCAUCAGUUACCCACUCAGGUACAGCAGCAUGAUGAAUGGGAGAAUGUGUGCCUUCCUGACCAUAAGCACAUGGCUCAGCGGCUCUCUGCAUUCUGCUGUCCAGACUACAUUGACAUUCCAUUUGCUCUACUGUGGGCCCAACCAAAUCCAGCACUACUUUUGUGAUGCACCACCCAUCCUGAAACUGGCCUGUGCAGACACUUCUGCCAAUGAGAUGGUGAUCUUUGUCAAUAUCGGGGUAGUGGCUUCAGGCUGCUUUCUCCUGAUAGCGCUUUCCUAUGUUUCCAUUGUCUGUUCCAUCCUGAAGAUCCGCACCUCAGAGGGGAGACACAGAGCCUUUCAGACCUGCGCUUCCCACUGCAUUGUGGUCCUUUGUUUCUUUGUUCCCUGCGUUUUCAUUUACCUGAGGCCAAGCUCCAAGAAUGCUGUGGAUGGGGUUGUGGCAGUUUUCUACACUGUGCUGACACCCCUUCUAAACCCUGUGGUGUACACCCUGAGGAACAAGGAAGUGAAGAAAGCUCUGUUGAAGCUGAAAGACAAAGUAGCAUAUUCUCAAAGUAAAUAA